AUGUCUGAUGGAGAUGGAGACGCUUCGGCUGUCGUACCGGCGGCUGGCGAAAAUCCGUGGGAGUUUGCGGCGGAUAAAACCUUCAAAAAACAGAUGCUGCGGAAAGGCGUCGGACUGAUAUGUCCGCGGGAUGGCAGUGUGUGCCGUGUACGUAUUGAUCCCAGUGGAACUACAACUGAGGAGUUUUUGAGUGAGCGCAGUUUGCAUUUGCGAGCGGGAUUAUCGGGGGUUGCUGAAAUUGUCAUCGGAGAAAGCGACACUGAACUGGAUGAUAUGUUGGACAAAAUUCUGCAGCAUAUGAAACCUGAAGAGCUCUCUCGGUUCUCAUUCCAAAUCCACACCAAGGAAAAGACUGCUGUGCAGCCGGCACUAACCGGUUCCUCUCCUGUGUCCGCGGUGGAAGUGCAGAUCGAAUUAAUGUCUUUCCAAGAAGUUCCUGAGCUAUGGGAGCUCAAUCCCGCUCAGUUGGUGGAUUCAGCCAAGCAUCAUAAAGAACGCGGUGUUGGGUGGUUUAAAUCGGGGCAGACAAUGUAUGCUCUGCGACGGUUUGCACGGGCCAUGCGGGCUUUGUUGGUCAUUGAUCAGGAAGCACUUGAUAAUCUCGCAAAAGAAAACUCUGGCGCUCGGGAAUUACUGGGCGAAUUUCGGUCUUUGAUAUGCUCUUUGUAUUUGAAUAUCGCUGCCAUCCAGCUGCAGUCAAGCAGUUACAAAUCGGUGGUAGAUAACUGUACCAAGGCCUUGAAAUUUGAUCCGCAGAACGUUAAAGCAUAUUAUCGGCGAGGCACAGCUCAUGCCAGGCUAUUGGACAAGCAGUCCGCGAAAGAGGACUUAUUAAUUGCUUUGAAAAUGGCUCCUAAUGAUGCGGAUAUUCGACGGGAAUUACGCCUGCUCGUGGGACCGAAUACUGAGUUGUGAAGUAGCGGUGGAUGCAGUGCAGAUAUGAUACAAGAACACAAACUGAUGUAUUUGUUCAGCUGGAUGUUUUGACAAGCCUGGGUAGGCGUUUUUAGAAUUUUUGCUGUGUUCUAGAAGUUGUGAAUAAUGCCUGGAAAAUUCCUGUGUUGUUUCCGGGGCUGUGUUUAAUUUGGACACUGGAUUUGAUAAAUAAAUUUUUAUUUGGCAAAAGUCAAAACUGUUGGAGAUUUGGGGGCGUCGGAGAUUACGUGAUUUCACUGAAUAUACCGAGCUUUACCGGUUGAAGUCAUGAUCCUGCUGGGAGUUUUUUGUGAUUUUUGGUCUAACAUUCAGCUGUACUUAUGAAUCAUCUGGUUGUAUAAUCUGGGAUUUAUGUAACUCGGAAUUUCAUGGUCAUGGCCAGAAAAGUACGAUCGCUGUCGAUAAUCAUCUCAAGGUUCGAGAACGAUAGUACUUCAUAG